UUACGACCGGAGCAGAACUCAAACUGCGUGCUAGUUCAGCUGUUGUGGAAGUUCAAGAGCCUUUCUCCUUCGUUCCACUUGGAUUUUUUCUUGACAAAAUCGUACAUAGCUCAAAGAUGCGUGAGAUUGUUCAUAUUCAGGCUGGCCAAUGCGGCAACCAGAUUGGAGCAAAGUUCUGGGAAGUUAUUUCUGAUGAGCAUGGCGUAGACCCCACGGGAGCCUACAUUGGCAAGAAUGAUCUGCAAUUGGAGCGGAUUAAUGUCUAUUACAAUGAAGCCACAGGUGGCAAAUAUGUCCCGAGAGCCGUCCUUGUCGAUUUGGAGCCAGGCACCAUGGACUCUGUCCGCUCUGGUCCCUUUGGACAGAUUUUCCGACCAGACAAUUUCGUUUUCGGCCAGAGUGGUGCUGGAAACAACUGGGCCAAGGGUCAUUACACCGAGGGCGCAGAGUUGGUGGACUCCGUGUUGGACGUUGUCCGCAAGGAGGCUGAGAGCUGCGAUUGCCUGCAGGGAUUCCAAAUGACCCACUCUCUGGGUGGUGGCACUGGAUCAGGUCUGGGAACACUCCUCAUCUCCAAAAUCCGUGAAGAGUACCCCGACAGAAUCAUGAACACAUUCUCAGUCGUCCCUUCACCAAAAGUAUCCGACACUGUUGUAGAACCCUACAACGCAACUCUUUCCGUCCAUCAGCUUGUUGAAAAUACCGACGAAACGUACUGCAUCGACAAUGAGGCUCUCUACGACAUCUGCUUCCGUACUCUCAAGCUUACCACUCCCACAUACGGUGACUUGAACCAUCUCGUGUCAGCAACGAUGAGCGGUGUUACUACUUGCCUUCGAUUCCCUGGACAGCUCAAUGCUGAUCUUCGUAAAUUGGCCGUCAACAUGGUGCCAUUCCCUCGUCUUCAUUUCUUUAUGCCCGGAUUCGCCCCACUUACUAGCCGUGGUUCUCAGCAGUACCGCGCCCUAACCGUACCAGAGCUCACGCAACAGAUGUUCGAUGCCAAGAACAUGAUGGCUGCAUGCGAUCCUCGCCAUGGUCGCUACCUGACCGUCGCAGCAAUGUUCCGUGGACGCAUGUCCAUGAAGGAGGUUGAUGAGCAGAUGUUGAACGUGCAGAACAAGAACAGCUCCUACUUUGUUGAAUGGAUUCCCAACAACGUGAAGACCGCCGUGUGCGAUAUCCCACCACGUGGUCUUAAGAUGUCUGCCACCUUCAUUGGCAACAGCACUGCCAUCCAGGAGCUGUUCAAGCGCAUCAGCGAACAAUUCACAGCUAUGUUCCGUCGCAAGGCUUUCUUGCAUUGGUACACUGGUGAGGGCAUGGACGAGAUGGAGUUCACUGAGGCCGAGUCCAACAUGAACGACUUGGUGUCAGAAUACCAACAGUACCAGGAGGCCACAGCUGAAGAGGAGGGCGAGUUCGACGAAGAAGGCGAGGGUGGUGAGGCAGAAGAAGCAUAGGCUGUUUAUAAGAUUGAAUCUUCAUUUUUACAAUUGUAACGACUCCAUUACAUUAUGUCCCCUUCUACCGUCUCUGUCCUGGCUUACCAAUAUAUUCUUUCCCUCCGCGUCUUAACUCUGUUGCUUGUGUCGUAGUGUGUGUGCUUCAUGGAAUUUUCAUAAAAAAAUACAUAUACAGUUCAUAUUAGCCUUGAGUGUGUUGCAUUAACUGUCGAUUGCUCUCUCAUACACCUUUUCGUUAUAUGACCUCUAUCUCAUGCAUCUCAAUAUUUUAUGCCCGAGAGAGCCUAAGGAACUCUACGAUGUGGCCUCAACUGCAUGUUUCCUGCUUAUCUGGAGGUUGCUCCAGCUUUCUAGCAUUGCGUCUUUGUUCAUGUGUUUCCCUUUGACCGGUCAGUUUUGCCUGUUUCAACUUUCUUUGUUAGCACAUUCUGUUUCUGUUGCUAGAUGAAUUGAAAGCUUGGCGCUGGUAUCAAUACACUCGACUCAUCCUGUCCCAGAAA